AUGUCAGCCUACUUCCAGCCUGAGGAACUCCGCUUCGUCCUCGAACAGAUGGCCAGGGACCCGUACACGGAGGAACUCAGGGGUAGAAGAUUCCGUGAGACCUAUUCCCCAUUCAAUCCCACUCACCAUAACCACCGUGGCGGCGACUACGACGACGAUGGCCGUGAGGUCAGGAUGUCGGAAACUUCCGCGACUCCCCACUCUGCAAGAAAGCCUACUCCUCUACCAACUAUGGCGUCUGGUCAGGAGCCGAAUACUCCAUACCCUCUGGGGGCGGGUGGUGCAGGAAAACACCGAGCUCUGGCAACCUACAACGUCGAACAGAUUGGCCAGAUCGGAAUCUGUGAGCGUAUGCGACACUGGCGUCGGUCGUCCUGCCACUGGCCUUUUCCGAAUGCCCCUGUGGCAGAAGGCGUACGCUAUGCGGCCAGCGUCGACCAGCUGGAAAUCCUCACAGAGAUCGCCACCUCUAACAGCGGUUCUAUAAACGGAGAUUGCAUUUGUCCGAACGGUGAUAUCGAAAUCCACGGCACUCGUGUCAGUCCCAAUUCCCAGCAACCUACAUUUAACCCUCCUGCAAAAAAGACCAAAGGAGGUACCAAGGGCGGUAAAAUUCGGAAGCGCAAGGACAAGAACUUCACCUCUGGACCUCCUCUAAGGAAUAGAGACGAACAGUCUCCUCCUGGACAAUCAGACGAAGUCAGUCAACCGAUCAAUGCCAAGGACUCCUUUUUCAGCAAGAGACGUCGCAGCGCUCGCAUCGCAGCUCUCACUAAAACCGGCAAAUAG